AUGAAGUACUCAUUAAGCCCUAACAAUUACCCUGAAGAUGGUAUUAUGAAUAUGGCAACUUUUCUACGGGGCUUUGAAGAAAAGGGGAUAAAGAAUGACAGGCCUGAGGACCAGUUGAGUAAAGAGAAAAAGAAAAUUCUUUUCUCCUUCUGUGAGGUGUGCAACAUCCAGCUAAACUCUGCAGCCCAGGCCCAAGUCCAUUACAAUGGCAAAUCCCAUCGCAAACGAGUCAAGCAGCUGAGUGAUGGGCAGCCCCCGCCGCCAGCUCAGGGCUCAGGGCAGCUCCUGGCCAGCCCCAGCACCAACACCAGCGCAGGCAGUACAUGCCACACAACUACACUUCCUGCUUUUGUGCGCACCCCUACCCUGAUGAUGCAGCCUUCACUGGAUAUCAAACCAUUUAUGUCUUUUCCAGUGGACAGUAGUUCUGCUGUUGGGCUCUUUCCAAAUUUUAACACAAAAAGAAGAGGCUUAUUUGGGACCAAUAAAUUCUGCCAGAUGGAUCCUGUGCAAAAAGCAGUCAUUAACCACACUUUUGGAGUAUCCAUUCCCCCAAAGAAGAAACAAGUUAUUUCUUGUAAUGUCUGUCAGCUUCGCUUUAAUUCGGAUAGCCAGGCCGAGGCCCACUACAAAGGAAGUAAACAUGCCAAGAAGGUCAAAGCACUAGAGGCAACGAAAAAUAAACCCAAAAUGGUUUCUUCCAAGGACAGCGCAAAGGCUAAUCCCAGCUGCUCCAUCACUCCAAUCACAGGCAACAGCUCUGACAAAUCAGAAAAUAAAGGGAAGCUAAAAGUCAACAGUUGCAGUCAGCCAUCAGGCUCCGAAGGGGGCUCCUAUCUCCUCAAAUCUGGCACAGCAUCCUUGCCACCUGGGGCAGCCGCUUCUCCCUCGAAGAGCACAAACGGAGCUCCUGGUACUGUUUCUGAAUCAGAAGAAGAAAAAGCCAAAAAAUUACUGUAUUGUUCACUAUGCAAAGUGGCUGUGAACUCCCUGUCCCAGCUAGAGGCACACAACACAGGAUCUAAACACAAGACCAUGGUUGAAGCUCGUAAUGGGGCUGGUCCAAUUAAGUCCUAUCCUAGACCUGGAUCAAGGUUAAAGAUGCAGAAUGGCAGUAAGGGCUCAGGACUACAGAACAAGACAUUUCAUUGUGAAAUCUGUGAUGUUCAUGUUAAUUCAGAAAUUCAGCUCAAGCAGCACAUUUCUAGCCGAAGGCAUAAGGAUCGAGUUGCAGGGAAACCACUGAAGCCGAAAUACAGCCCUUACAAUAAACUCCAGCGGAGCCCAAGCAUUUUAGCAGCAAAACUUGCAUUCCAGAAAGACAUGAUGAAGCCUUUGGCCCCGGCCUUCCUGUCGUCGCCCCUGGCGGCGGCGGCCGCGGUGUCGUCGGCGCUGUCGCUGCCGCCCCGGCCGUCGGCGUCGCUCUUCCAGGCGCCCGCCAUCCCCCCCGCGCUGCUGCGGCCCGGCCACGGGCCCAUCCGCGCCACGCCCGCCUCCAUCCUCUUCGCGCCCUACUGA